AUGGGUUGGCGUUGGCACGACGACGACGGUGACAGCGGCCGGGGCCUCGGCGGUGUCCCCGACCUCGCCGGUGGCGGGGGCGAGGGGGCGCAGUGCGCCACGCGACGGGUCGUGCAGUCCCGCUGCCACACGGAGGAAGUCGAACCCGGCCGAUUCGUCCGCAAGUGCGAGAAGACGGAGCAGCUCCUCCGCGACUGCGUCGGCAGGCCCUCUGAACUGGUGGAAUCCAAAACUGAAAACACUGAGGAAGAUGUCACAGAAGAAAUGAAAAGUGGUUCACUUUCUCUUGGCUUUCCAAGAAACGAGCCCUUUGCAUUCCCUGGACUCCGCAGUGACAUGGAAGCCCUUGAGAAAGACUUCUUUGGGAACCUAGGGAACGUCCUGGAUGAAGCUGAGCGGAUGACCAACAGUUUCAUCAAAUCUUUUGGCUUUCCACCUGCUCAUGACAGCGAAUCAAGUCCGUUUCGAAGACAGCCUGCAGAGAGGCAUAUUGAGGAAGGUACUGCAAACAAGACCAAGGAGAGUGACUACUCAGAAUUCAGGAGCAAGAUUUCAGAUGUGUAA